UUAGAAAAAAGAAAAAAAAAAUUAGAUAAAAAAAAGUUUUUAGAGCAAUAUAAUAUUCUGGUUAGAUUCUAUUUAGAUUUAAAGAAAAUAAUUAUUUUGAAAAGGUGGCUAUUUUUAGGAAGCUCGGCUAUAUAAAGGGUUUGACCGUAACUUUCAGUUCGGAAUUGAGGCACUUAACGAAAAUUAAAUAUAAAUAAUUUGUUACACCUUUUGCUAGGGAAUUUAGUAGGAAUAAGAAUUAUUUUUAGUAUAGACCUCUUUAAAUGAGUUUGGCAUAAUUAGGAAAUUCGGGAAAGGUCUAUUCUUUCUUGUAAAAGUACCUUGGAUUCAAACUCAAAUUUUACAAAAUUUUAAUAAUCAAUUGCUUUGAGUGUAUUAAGAUGAAAAAAUUGCUUUUAAUGGUUUAUACUAUAUGAUGGAAAUAUCUUUUUUAAAAGUAUGAGAACAAAGGCAUUAUUAGAUUUUUUUAACUUAUAGCCUAUCUCUUUCAACGUUAAGAACCCUAUCAAAAGUUUGUGAAACAUUAAAGUCUUACAUAAUCUGUCUUUUCGAAAAUCUUGACAAAAAGGAAUUUUUCUGUAAAAAUAUCUUUGUCAUACUUUGGAACCUUAUAAAACUAUAAAUAUUCUAAAAGUAUACUUAGAACUAUGUUUAAAAAUGCUAAAAUACCAUCAUAAGCAAUAGUAUGCUAUGGGGUAAGGGCCCCUACAUUUUAAACUCUUAUUCUUGGUGAUGCAGUGUUUUUUGCCAUGUUUUGUGGGUAGUGUAUUUCCCAGGAAGGAUGGGGAUGAAGUCUUCAAUUGGUUGGCCAAAAAUGCAUAUUGCUUAUGACAGUGUUAUGUCCUGGCUAGCUGAGUUGCAGUAAAAGUGAGCAUGGAAGGUUAGAAGUUGGUGGUAUCAAGCUCACUGUUGGGGCCAGUGCUGUCCAUGACCCUGCAUUUAAUUGUCUUUAUGCCAAUUCCCGCACAAAAAUUGCUGUGUGGGACUGAGGAAAGGCAGUGGUGAACUUCCCAGUUGGGCAAAAAUUUUGUUGUGCCUGUUUUACCUAAUUUAGGAUCACCAUCAGAUGACACCAUAUCAAGGAUGAUGUCUUAGUUUGACAUUCUGUUUAGGGCAAACCACUAUUCUAUGAUACCAGGUAACCAGUUCUCUAUUGGUAUUGGGUCUAUGAAGCAGAGUUGUACAUCACGAUCAAGACCAACAUGUACAUUGUCCUGCUAGUGUUUAGGGACGGAUAUUGGUGUAUGAAAGGCAGUUGGUUCUGUGUCGGAGUCAGUCAUAAGUUUGAGUGGCGGCCUAUUAAUAAGGGAUUGGAUGAUCUUCGUAAUUCGGUAAAGGUGCUGGCAUGAUAUUGGUUAAGAAGUAAUGUUAAUCGUUGCUACAAACCAUUCGUCAGCACCAAUAAAAAUGUUGUAUUUCCUAUUUUUAUUUUUCACCAUAAAAUGAUUGGUUUUGCUAGAAAAGUAAGCUGUAUCAGGUAUAAAUCAAAACUAUUCACAGCUGUAACUUCAACAAGUACUUGGUAAGCCUUGAUUGGUUAAGUCUUGAUGAAAAUUGUGAUGUAAAAAAUGCAACGUCCUUCGUACAUUCAAUUUUGCAAACUGCAUAUUUUUUGUGGAGUGAGUCAACAGUGGAGCCUGUGAUGAUUAUUGUUCUAUUUCUGCUUUGCCUGUUAUUUCAAAGAUCAUUGAAAAAAUUUUGCAUGAGAAACUAAUUAACUAUCUUGAAGGACAUAAACUGCUGUCUCACAAACAAUUUGGAUUCAGGUGGAACUGAGUUAGCCACAACACUUUUCACUGGCGCCUUCAGAAAGUUAGCGGAUGCAAAAAAUUUGGAUUAAAAUAAAUAAGUAAACAUGUGUAUCACUACAAAAAGAAAACAAAAGAAUUUACGGGACAUUCCAAACCAAUAGAUCUGGUCUUUAAAAUUAAUUCUAACAUCAUAAAUUUGUAAUCAGUAGCCGUUUCCAUGGCAAUUCUCCCUCUUUUAAAUCUUUUAAAGCUUUUAAAACUUUUAAACUUUGAUUAGAAAAUAAAAAGCAAAAAGACUCUAGAUAAGAAAAUGGUGUUAAUAAUUCAUACCAGAAAGAAAUCUACCUUUUGUAUGAAAAAUGGGACUAUACGAUAACCUUUAUUUUUCAAGAUUUCUGGAUGUUACAGCAAACGAAUGUUAAAAAUGCCAAAACAUUUUGCUUUGGGUUCACAUCGCAUGGAUACAUUUCUGUGUGCCUUCAUUGAAUGUGGAUUUGCGUAUGGUGGAAUGGCGAAUUUGCGCAUGGCGGAAUAAUUCUUUACUGGAAAACUGUCCAACAUGAAAAUUGUCCAACUUGUUGUAAAAGCAUCUAAUUACAAAAAUGCAUACACAGUUUAUGCAACUAAACCGUUUAAAUCAUGAAAGUAAUGACAACCUGUUCUAAACAGUGAAAGCCUCCAGUUAAGGAAAUCUAUCCAAGAUUAUUUACAUUGCUUAACCACAGAAACAUGGUCAAUCAUAAAAAUUUAUUUUUAUGAUUGACCAUUUUUAAAAAUUUAUCAUCUAAACUACCCAAACUGAGGAAGUAUGCCAAAGUUGUCCAAAACCAUCCUUUAUGAAAAUUAUUUUAAAGUUAUGUAAGUUGUUUAAAUUGUUGAAACAAAUUUAACUUGUCCUGAAUGAUGAAAGUAUCAAUUAUAGAAAAUAAUCUAAAGGAUCUGAAUCGUCUAAACCACAGAGAUAUUCACCUUGAUUUAAAAAAUUUUUGUGAGGGAACUCCUAACUUGUUAAAGGAAUAUAAUGUUUAGGUAUUGCAUUUUAUUUUUUUUGGCAGUAUUUCUAAAUUAUUUCAAUUCUGUUUUAAAUGUGUAUUGUGAGGUGUGGAUGUAUUAUAUCUGUUCUAAUGAUCUAUGGAUGCAUUUGUUACUGGAACUGUUUGUUUCUUAGGUAUGAAGGUAUAAUCCACCAUGAGAUCACUAGAAAAUUUGUGUACAUUAUAUAUACAAUGGAGAAGAGUGACCAGGUGGAAAGACUGUUGCUGGCAUCCAGAAACGGUGAUUUGCUUCUUGUAACAGAAAUUUUGUCAGAAUAUGAUAUUGAUGUCAAUUGCAAAGGAAAACAUAAGUCAAAUUUAGGAUGGAGUCCGCUUCAUCUGGCAACAUAUUUUGGUCAUCAAGAUGUUGUGGAAGAACUGCUACAGCAUGGUGCAGAUGUUAACAUCAUCAAUGGAAUGGGCGAUACUCCUCUCCACCGUGCUGCUUUUACUGGUCGUACUAAUGUUGUAUUGAAACUGUUAUAUUAUAAUGCUGAUGUAUCAAUUAUUAAUGGAGAAGGGAGGACCCCAUUGCAGAUGACAGAUAACCAAGAAGUGAAACAGCUUAUUGAAGCGGCUGAGAAGUCUCAACAGCUUUCACGAAAUGAAGCUCUUUUACAUGCUACAACUGAAGGAGAUAUUAAAAUCAUUAAAUCGUUGCUAUCAAGCUCUACUCCUCCCAAUAUAAAUUGUCAAAAUUUACUGGGAAACACAGCACUGCAUUGUGCUGCAUACAGAGGGCAUAAAGAAAUUGCGGUUUUGCUCCUGCAGAAUGGUAUUGAUUCAACCGUCAAAAAUAACAGAGGUUUAUCUGCACUGGAGGUUGCCAGGGACACGAAAAUGCGACAACUUUUAGAUGUUCAGCCAUUACAAGCUGUCCAGAAAACAGUUCAACGAUUCGAAGGUUAUGUUGUAAAGAAAAGUAGAUUUCUUGGUUGGAAAAAACAUUGGGUUGUUUUGGAAAGAGGAAUUUUAUCAGCAUUUCAAACAAGAGCUGAUGCAUCAUCGGGUUUAAAAAGACAAUUUUUUAAGUAUUUAGAUAAUGCAAAAAUAUCAGCCCAUCACGACGACGAGAAGAAGUUCAAAAUAGAAUAUUCUGACCACACAGUUCACUUUUUUAUGACUACUCCUAAUUCAGGACAAGUUAACAGACAGAGAUGGUUGAACGCAGUUCGAGAACAUUGCGCUUAUAGUACGCAUUACACAAGUCAACCUCAUGUUAUAUUGAUGGAUGAGUUAGAUGAAGAUUAUCUUCCAUUAGGUAGUAUAGAAGAUGCAAUCAAGAAUGCAAAAGCGCACCAAGAAGUUCUCGAACAGCAGGUUACCUCACUUACAUCAUACUUCAAUACACUCCCAGAUCAACAAGUCAGACAAGGCACUGCGGCUACAUUUAAAAUGAAACUGAACGAUGUUGUGGGAUCAUCACAAGAAGUUUGCUCAACUUUAAAUCAUUGUCUCACUGUUUUAAUGCAACAAGAGGAGGUACGCCGAUUACAGUUACAAGAAGAAGCAGAAAAACGAAGAGUAUUGGAAGAUGCCUUGCACGUACUGGCUACAGAACAUUUUGUAUUAGAACAGUCUGUUCGUUCUCACAGUAAAUUGCAUAUAAACAGUUUUCCUGAUGAUGGUGAAGAUUUUUUAGACGUGUUUUACGAUGCCCCAGAAACGCAGUCUGAAUGUGACUUCGAUCCUGCUUACGAAUUUGAAAAUAACCAGAAAGGUUCGGAAGAUGAGAAGGAAGCAUCUUUUAAGUGCGAAGAACCUGGUCAAGCAGAGGACACACAAAAUGAAAAGAGUUUAUAUGUCGCAACUCAACUUGCAAAUGGUAAAUUCUCGCCACGGACGCGAGAAAAACAACCGAAAUACAGAAAAAAACUUCCACAUACAAUGCAUUCUCGAAACGAGUUCAGUAUAUGGAGUGUCUUGAAACAAUGCGUUGGAAAGGAUCUAUCACGAAUCACAAUGCCAGUUAUAUUCAACGAGCCGCUGUCUUUCUUACAACGUAUUGCAGAAUAUAUGGAUUAUGUACAUAUUUUACACAAAGCAACUAACAUAGAUGAUCCUAUCGAACGUUUACUGAAUAUUGCAGUGUUUAUGGUCAGUUGUAACGCAUCCACAGAAGCGAGAGUUGGUAAACCGUUCAAUCCGUUACUUGGUGAAACUUAUGAAUUAGUUAGGGAAGAUUUAGAUUUCAAAAUGGUAUGUGAGCAAGUUAGCCAUCAUCCUCCGGUUAGUGCGCUUCACGUGGAAAGUGGAUCUGGAUUUGAACUCACCAUGUCCAUGCAACCAGAAUUAAAGUUUUGGGGAAAAGACAUCGAAGUCAAACCUAAGGGAAAUGUUGUAAUAAAAAUACCUAAGUAUGGAGAUGUGUAUACCUUCUCAUACGUCAGCAGUGGUCUACAUAACAUCAUCAUAGGAAAUCUGUGGAUCGAAUUGUAUGGUAUAUGCGAGAUCAAGAAUCAUACGACAGGACAUCGAGCAAUUAUUAAUUUUAAACCAGCUGGUUGGUUUGGUAAAGACAUGAACCAAUUAGAAGGCUAUAUCGUUGACGAAAAGAAUGCAAAAAAAAAGCUGAUUAAAGGAGAUUGGACAAAAUAUUGCUGUUUCUCUGAUGCAGAAGACGCACAACUACUUAAACAAGUCGAAGGUGCGCAAAAAGAUGAAAGUGGCGUUCCUGAUCUUCCUUCUGGUGUCACCUUGGCUUGGAAAGUGCGCCCAAAGCCUUCGUGUACAGCCGAUAUGUAUAUGAUGACAGAAUUUGCGAUGGGAUUAAACCACCUUUUAGACGAACACAAAGACGUUAUUGCUCCUACUGAUUGUCGUUAUCGUCCUGACAUCAGAUGUUUAGAAAACGGUGACAUAGAGGGCGCAUCAGCUGCAAAAUUGCAAUUAGAAGAAAAGCAGCGCGCGACGAGACGUCGCAUGAAUAAUGAUCACGAAGUGUGGGAGACAAGGUGGUUUAAUUUCGAAGAAAAUGAAUAUCUCGGCACCAAAGAAUGGCAAUACAAUGGAGAAUAUUUUAAACGACAAUAUAGCAAGUGUCCAGAUAUUUACUAGCGCGCAGAUUUUUUUCACAACUAGUUUUUAUUAUCGUGUCCUGUAUUCAUGUGUUGCAUGCAUCUCGUCGUUGAACUUCUUCGUUGUUGCUCUUGCUGUGAAUUUUAAACUUAUUUUCCACAUGAAGUUGAUCAAAAGUGAUAAAAGUAAGAGCGGUGACGCGGUAUUUAUUAAAAUUUUUUUUUAAUUUUUUGAUAUGCAUAUCGAUUGUUCAUGUAAUUUGUGAAUAGCUAGGAUUUAUUCUUGGGGAAUGAGCAAUAUAUAUAUUUUUAUAGCA